AUGACGGACGAAGCCGCCGACGAGCCAUCGGAAACACCACAUAGCCCGAUACGACCAAUGGUCUCACUAGAGACGACCAACACCCCAAUAACACCACAAACUCAGACGACCGGGACGGUUUCUGAGACACCAUCAUCCGGUGGCCCGCCACCUUCUCUCGCAGAGGCUACGCCUUCCGUCACAACCCAGAAACACAUACCAAUACCCACUCGGAAUAGCGUAACCACGCCGUUGUUCCCUAACUUUGGCGGACCCAACCCGUUCACUCCACCUCCUAUACCACUGUUUUUUCCUAACACCGCCGGACCAAGUAACGCCGGUUACAGCCUUUUGCCACCGCCCAUUCACACCACAAAUGAGCCACAACAAACGACACUCGUGGCACCACCGUAA